CCCGCUAUUUCUGCCUCACUCGCAACUCACAACUCCUACAAACUAAUCAAUUCACUUUCUCUGUUUUUUCGUUUUUAAUCAAUUGCUGAAUCUUCUUUCCCUCAAUUUCAAUGGAGAAUCCGACUCGAUGCUCCGUGAUCAUAGUCGGAGCUGGCAUCUCAGGUAUAACGUCGGCGAAGGUGCUGGCCGAGAAUGGCGUGGACGACGUGCUCAUACUGGAGGCGGCGGACAGGAUAGGGGGCCGGAUUAGGAAGGAGGAGUUCGGCGGCGUCACGGUGGAGCUCGGGGCCGGCUGGAUCGCCGGCGUCGGCGGGAAACAGUCCAACCCCGUCUGGGAGCUCGCCCGACACUCCGAUCUCCGCACCUGCCUCUCCGACUACAGCAACGCUCGUUACAACAUCUACGAUCACAGUGGGAAGAUAUUUCCGAGCGGCAUAGCGGCGCACUCUUACCAGAAAGCGGUGGAGUCCGCUAUUCAGAAGCUGCGAAAGCAGGAGUCUAAUCCAGAUGUCGAUGCCUCGCUUCUCGCUGAAACGACGUCAGCUCCGAAGACUCCAAUAGAGCUGGCAAUUGACUUUAUUCUGCAUGAUUUUGAAAUGGCAGAGGUGGAACCAAUAUCGACUUACGUGGAGUUUGGGGAGAGGGAGUUUCUAGUUGCAGAUGAAAGAGGGUACGAGCAUUUGCUGUAUAAAAUGGCCGAGACGUUUCUUUUUACCUCGGAGGAUGGUGAAAUCUCGGACUCGAGGUUAAAACUCAACAAGGUUGUUCGGGAAUUGCAGCACUCGAGAAACGGCGUUUCGGUGAAAACGGAGGAUGGCUGCGUUUUCGAAGCCAAUUACGUUAUUUUGUCUGUGUCCAUUGGUGUUCUUCAAAGUCACCUCAUUUCCUUCUCACCGCCGUUGCCCAGAUGGAAAACCGAGGCUAUCUCCAACUGUGACAUUAUGGUGUACACAAAGGUCUUCUUAAAGUUUCCGCACAAAUUUUGGCCAUGUGGUCCUGAAAAAGAGUUUUUCAUCUACGCCCACGAGCGGAGAGGCUACUACACAUUUUGGCAGCACAUGGAGAAUGCGUACCCUGGGUCCAAUAUCCUAGUUGUAACUUUGACAAAUGGAGAAUCAAAAAGAAUAGAAGCACAAUCAGAUCAAGAAACUCUGAUAGAAGCAAUGGAAGUGCUGAGAAACAUGUUUGGGCAUGAUAUCCCAGAUGCUACGGACAUACUUGUACCACGUUGGUGGAAUAACCGUUUCCAGCAUGGUAGCUAUAGUAACUACCCGAUUUACAUCAAUCAUCAGCUUGUUGGUGACAUCAAGGCUCCAGUGGGACGGAUAUUUUUCACCGGUGAGCAUACCAGUGAGAAGUUCUCCGGCUACGUGCAUGGAGGUUACCUUUCAGGUAUCGAUACUACUAAAGCAUUACUUGAAGAAAUGAGAAGAGAAAAGGAGUGGAAAAACGAAAACCAAACUUUUCGAAUAGAACCCUUGAUAGCCUUGAGUGGAUCCAUACAACAAGAUGCAGUAUCAAAUCUGCGCAAGUUUGAUAUCCCUCGACAGCUCUUCCUUCGUACUAGCAACCUCGGAGCUCCUGAGGCUAUCUUAUGACUAGAAAAAACCAUCUGACAACGUUCUAUAUAUGUAUGAAGCGAAUAUAACAGUCUGACUUAUGAAGAACAUGGAGAGAUGUGGCAGUGACAGCAGUUGAUAACUCGAAAAACCGAGUUUGCUGCUCAUCCUAGCAAGCAAUUCUCCUGGUGGAGUUACACAAAGAUUAGGAUCAGAUGCUUCAGUGUGACAGGAAAUCAUAGUAAGAUUUAUUCUUCUUAAUUAAUUUUUUUAUUUCUUCUCGACCAACAUUUAUAUUUGCCUAAAAGAUUAAGGCAGCACAUGUUUGUGUAGGCAAUAUUGUUGUAUAAAUCAUAUUUCACUAAGCUAUCUAGUUGCCCUUCUUUACUGA